GUAAAAAAAAUUUCAUUGAAGUUAAUAUUAACUUUGAAGCUCUAAUUGAGAGAAAAUUAGAGAGAACAUUUACAGAAGAAAAUAAAAAAUGAAAGAGCCUCCAAAAACAUUAACCACAACGUGCAGCGGAAUUGCCUCUAACACAACAGAGAGGCAAAGCAGCUUAGAAGAUAUUAAUUUGGAUCAAUUCCUGAAAACUUCUAAUUAUGAAGAUACAGUGAAGCAAUUGGAUAUCUAUUAUGGCAUAGUUAAACGUCAACUUUUACGCCACCAAAGUCCCAUUACUGGCCUCUUCCCGGUUAUGAGCACUGAUCAGGAGGUGGGUUCGGUGCGUGAUAGCGUUUACUGUGCAGCUGCUGUUUGGAGUUUAUAUCAAGCUUAUAGACGAAUAGACGAUGAUCGUGGUAAAUCUUAUGAGCUAGGCCAAUCAACAGUGAAGUGCAUGCGUGGUAUAUUACAAUGCUGGAUAAAACAAGCUUGUCGUGUCGAACUUUUCAAACAGAGACAAUCCAAUCAACAUGCUCUUCAUAGUAAAUUUCAUUUGCACACUGGGGAGGAAAUAUACUCCGACGAUUUUUACAACCAUUUGCAAAUAGAUGUGGUCUCUUUGUAUAUAAUUUUUUUAGUUCAAAUGAUUACUUCGGGUUUGCAAAUUAUCUAUACGCAGGAUGAAGUGGCUUUUAUCCAAAAUUUGGUAUACUAUGUCGAAAGAGCUUAUCGUACCCCAGAUUUUGGCAUGUGGGAACGUGGCUCAAAGUAUAAUAAUGGCACCCCCGAAAUCCAUGCUUCUUCAAUAGGUAUGGCAAAAUCUGCUUUGGAAGCCAUCAAUGGUUGUAAUCUGUUUGGUGAAAAAGGGGCUUCGUGGAGUGUCGUUUAUGUGGAUAUCGAUGCCCACAACCGCAAUCGUAGCAUUUUUGAAACCAUGCUACCAAGAGAAUCAAGUUCCAAGGGUGUGGACUCCUCUUUACUGCUUACCUUAUCAUUUCCGGCUUUUGCAUCGCAUGAAGAACGUUUAGUGGAACAAACUAAACAAAAUGUUAUCAGUCGCUUGCGUAGCAAAAAGGGUUUUAAGCGCUUCAGUCGUGACGGCUUUCUUAGCAAAGUUGAAGAUAAAUCCCGAAGAUAUUAUCAUACCGGUGAAAUUAAAGAUUUUGAGGGGUAUGAGUGCGAAUGGCCCCUAUUUUUUAUAGCUAUGAUAAUUGACGGCGUUUUCAAGAAUAAUAAUGAACAAAUUGAAGAAUAUCAAAAUGAAUUGAGGAAGUGUUUACAUACCGAUGCCUAUAGUGAUCCGGUGGUGACAAUGUAUUACGCUCCAGACGGUGAGGGUUCUUAUAUUAAGGCGCCCUCGCAGUCGCUUUUCCUUUGGGGCCAAUCUAUGUUUAUAAUAGCUCAACUUUUAACGGCUGGUCUUCUGCAUAUUAAUGAACUAGAUCCGAUUCGCAGGUAUCUACCUAGCUACAAUCGCCCCAGAAGAGCUGGGCGUUAUUCAGCGUUCCAGGGAAAAAUGUUCGAAGAAACGCCUGAUGGUACAGCUACCGAUUUGGUAGUGCAAAUAGUUUUAAUUGCGGAAUCCUUGCGUUUACAAGCUAUGAUGGCAACUUAUGGUAUUCAGACCCAAACACCACAUGAGGUCGAGCCUAUUCAGAUAUGGUCCUCUACUGAACUGAUUAAAGUUUACCAACACUUGGGUGUUAACCACAAAAUUGGCUUAUCUGGUCGCCCUCCCCGACCUGUCGGUUCUUUGGGUACCAGUAAAGUUUACCGUAUUUGCGGUAUGACGGUGUUGUGUUAUCCUCUGAUAUUUGAAGUAUCCGACUUUUAUUUGUAUCGCGAUAUGGCUUUGCUGAUCGACGACAUAAAAACUGAAUUACAAUUUGUCGGUAAAUACUGGCGUUUAUCUGGACGGCCUACGGUCUGUUUAUUAAUAAGAGAAGAACAUAUGCGAGACCCUCAAUUCAAAGAAAUGCUGGAUCUGUUAGCUAUGUUAAAAAAGGGCUAUUGUGACGGCAUGAAAGUGAGAAUCGGUAGAUUGCAAAAUUUAAUUAGCAGUUCAUGUACAGAACACUUGGAUUUUAUGAAUCAAAUCAAUUUACCGAAUAAAGAAAAUUCUUUUACCCAAGUCAAUCAUGAGUAUGUAGGUUACCAAUCUCUUACCGAUGUGCCUAAAGCACAAACCUAUAAUGAGCAAAAAAUAUCUGUAGAGCACUACAAACACAAAUCGAGAAAUGAAAUCAUAGAAGCUUUACGUCACAUGGAAUCAAUUUAUUGCCUUUGUCAAUUAUGGGGUAUUCUACUGAAUCGUGAGGGUCCUAAUUUCGAAGUAAACGGUUUGACGGUAACGCAGGCUCUAACGCAAUUAUAUCAUCGCGCAGGCUCUUUACGUUAUUGGCGUGCGGUACGCCAUUGUUCUUCGUUGCUGCAUCAUAUAGUCGACUCUAUAAGUCCAUUCAUAACGACUGUUUUGGUAAACGGUAAAGAAGUUACGGUGGGAGUGAUAGGGCAAAAAGAAACUGUAUUUGAUAAGCCUAUGACACCAGCUGAAAUCCAAGAGGUUAUGUACACCACUGUUCAACCAUAUGACGUAAUACAGGCGGUAUUGCAACAAGAGGUUGUCCUCUACUGCGGCCGCUUGAUUGCUACAAAUCCUUAUAUGUUCAGAGGUAUAUUAAAGAUUCGUGUUGGAUGGGUCUUAGAGGCAAUACGUAUUUACUUGCAAAUUUCAGGACAAGCUUCUAUUGACUUGGAUAAUUUGUCGCCUUAUCAGGUGCGUAUAUUAUUGCAAAAAGUGCUAACAGUUAGUGAAUGGGCAACUGAAGAAAGACUUACUCCGUUACAACGUCGCCAAUUGGAGGGAUGUUUAUGUCGAGUACCUAAACAUUUCUAUAAUAAAAUUUGGGAAAUUUUACAAAGAACACCACUAGGUAUCAGCACUCAAGGUCACUUAUUGCCUGCCGCACCUACUUUAAUUAAUAUGAGUCGUGGGGAAUUGACCUUCUCUUUGUUAGUCGAAGAGACAUUAAUAUGCAUUGAUAAGCCAGAACGACGACAAAUUAUCGUAGAGCUGUUGUGUAUAAUAGCUACAAUAUUAAGUCGAAAUCCUGAGUUACAUUUCAAGCAAGCCUUGGAUUUAGAUGAAAUAAUUAUGGAAGCCUUUUUAAUGUACUGCAAGGAUAAUAAUGUACAAGAUCACGGUCACGAUAUGACACCCUUCUAUUCUUUAUUUUAUAAUGAAUCGGCCGGCUAUUUGGCCCGUGCAGCUGUUAACAAAAUUUUGCAAGGUGGCGCCUUUUCGCCGCAGGAAGAAGAUGGCCAUCAACUACAUGACGAAACAUGUAAAAUAUCAUAAAGUUACUUGUAAGCUGCCGUAUAUCGAUGCAAGUGCGAAUAUACGAAUGCACAUUGUAUAUUAAAACAGCCUUACAUACCCAUAUCCCAUAGAUGUGGUCUGUUUAUAUAUAAUUUUUUUAGUUCAAAUGUUUACUUCGGGUUUGCAAAUGAUGUAUACGCAGGAUGAAGUGGCUUUUAUUCAAAAUUUGGUAUACCAUGUCGAAAGAGCUUAUCGUACUCCAGAUUAAAAGUAAGGAAACGUUUUAUUUUUGGCCAAGGUAUU